AUGCCUGCUGGCGCGGCCAAGAUGUGGCUGCAAGACAUGUGGCGCCGGCGCGGGCUGCUCGACGAGGGUGGUGACAUCGACGCCGCCGUCCAGCGCCAGUGCCAGCAGUCGUGGUUCUUGCGGCGCAAUGCCAGCACGCCCAACGGACCGAGGACGUCCUCGCCAGAGACCUCAUGGUUUCUGCGGAGAAACCAGGUCGCGCUCCCGCCCGCGCCGAGGGCUGGGCGGAACGUCACGCCGGCGGCGCUUCGGCAGCGCACGAGCGGCUACUUCCUCAACUCGAGGGGCCACGUCGUCGUUGAGGGCCGCGCCUCGCCCUCGAAGACGCGAGGCCUUCGCACCGCACCCGUGGAGAAGAGCACACUAUCGGGUCCUGCCACGCCGCUGCGCCGUUCGGCCUCGUGGCUGAGCGGGCGGGUGCCAGAGGGGCGGCCCGCCGCGCCGUCUCCUGUUCCCUGCGGGCUGCCUCCCGCGCACAGCGACGGCGGCGUGACGGCGCUGCUGCCGGCGUGGCGGGAGGAGGAGGCGGGCGCGGCCUUCUUGACCGUGUACGAUCUCUGCCCGUGCUGGAACAGCUGCUGCGGCCACCCGAUGGGGGUCGGCGUCUACCACUCGGGCCUCGAGAUUGACGGCCUCGAGUACACCUACGACCGGCAGCCAGGCAGACGGUGCGGCGGGCACCUCGGCGAUCCGUCGUACGCCGGCUGCGACGCGAGCUGCGGCGUCGACGAGAGCGGCGGCGGCGGCGUUGCGGAGGUGACUGUGCCGUUUGCCUCGAGAAAGGUGACGCGGGCAGCCAGCACCGCUUGGCGGUCACGCGAGCUGGAGUGGGAUUGCGGCGUGGCGUGGCACCCGCCGUACCACACCGACCGGUCGAUGGCAGCUUCGCUGCCGCUUCGCGCCCGGUUGCCCCUCGGCGUGAGCAAGCGGGAGCUGCACGACUCGCACCAGGCCUUGCGCGCGCUCGCGACCCUCGAGUGGACGAUGGACGACUACGAGAUCACGGAGCACAACUGUCACCACUGGGUCGCGGCCGCGUGCGCCGAGCUCGGGCUGGAGCCGCCGCCUCGCUGGCUCAACCGCGCCGCCAACAUCCUCGGCUUCUUUGCCGGUGCGAACGAGUCGGGGCAGCACGCGCCGCCCAACAACCACCGCUCGCCGCGAGUCGACGCCACCGACGAUCGGCCCGCGUCGUGGCCGUCAGCGACGGCAAAUUGCGGCGGGCGGCGACACAGCGGCGGCGGCGAGUCUCAGCCGUUGCUUGGCCGCGCUGCAUCGGUCUCGGAGCACGAGUGGGAAGUAUAG